AUUCUUCUACUUAAAUCUAGGUUUCACCAUCUUAAAAUAAUUAAACUAACCUUUUGGUAAUUUGCUUUGCCAAUAUCGAAGCCCAUACAUUUACGUUUGCGAACUCUUUAGAGCUUCCGGAACGGGAGUGCAGACAAAGCGGGAAGGAUAGACAGGGCAAAGAAAGAAAGAAAGAAAAUGGGAAGGGGCAGUGGAAAUGAUCAAUUAGAGCUUCAUGCAGCGGCAAGGUCCGGUGACUUGAAUGCAGUUCAGUCAAUUCUCAGUUCAAACCUCUUGGCCAUUAACUCUAGAGAUAAGCACUCUAGAACUCCAUUGCAUUUAGCAGCAUGGUCUGGACAUGCACAUGUGGUGAGUUACCUCUGCAAGCAGAAAGCUGAUGUUGGUGCGGCUGCUAUGGAUGACAUGGGCGCAAUCCAUUUUGCAGCCCAGAAGGGUCAUCUAGAAGUUGUCCGGAUUCUGCUUUCAUCCGGAGUUUCUGUCAAAACUUCCAACCGAAAGGGCCUAACUCCACUUCACUAUGCUGCUCAAGGUUCCAAUCUUGAGCUAGUCAAGUACUUGGUAAAGAAAGGUGCAAGCCUUGCUGUUAAGACGAAAGCAGGAAAGACCCCUCUUGAUCUUGCAAACAAGGAAGAGAUCCGCUUGUUUCUAGAAGAAAGUGAGCACUCAUCUAAAAAUAGAGAUCUGAAUCCAAGAGAGGAAGCUGAAGAAUCCAAUCCAAAGCUAUUGUUUCCAGAUAAACCAGAGAGUGGUAGCAGUGAAGCUCCUGUUAUUAAGGACGAGGGAGAACAGGAGGAUGAAAAGGAGAAGAGGAAAGGCAAUGAAGGUAAAGAAAUUAGCGCGGGGUAUUCAGAACAUAAAAAGCAAAAAAUCACACUUAAUCAUCUUUUAAGUGAAGAUGAUACUCAGGAAGAUGAAAAUUUGUAAACAUUUUUUUUUUUUUUUUUUUUUUUUUUUUUUUUUUUUCUUGAA